AUGUGCUCUGUGUUUGAGGGAAGGGGAAGAUACAGGGGAGGUGGAGGAAGGUAGUGCUGGGGGCUGUUGCUGAGCCCAGGGCAUAGCUCUCUCUCGGUCUGUGUUGACACAGCAGGUGUUGAUUUGACUCCACAGUAGGGCUGUUUGUUCCAUGCCAUACCUCAGCUCAGCAGCAGCAUGGAAAGGAAAGGGCAAAAACAAGCCAGAGCCAGGCACUGAAGGUCGUUAGGGAGAUAACAAUAUGACAAACUGACUCGCUCUCCCUCAGUCUCGGUUGUUUUAGUGAACAAAGACAGGGUCUCCGUUUGCACUCCCUCUCAAUAACAGCUUGGAUUAUUUCUCCAGGCUUGAUAUUCUGAAAAGUUGUAACUCUUGUACAUGUAGCUGUCUCACUAAUUAUCUUUCUCUCCCUUGAUUUCUUUCUCUCUCGCUCUCCCUCCCUCCCUCCCUCCCUCCCUCCCCCCUCCCUCCCUCCCCUCCCCCCCUCCCUCCCUCCCUCCCCUCCCUCCCCCCUCCCUCCCCUCCCCCUCCCUCCCUCCCCUCCCUCCCCCUCCCUCCCCCUCCCUCCCCCUCCCUCCCUCCUCCCCUCCCUCCCUCCCUCCCUCCCUCCCUCCACCUUCAGGUGAUCCUGUACUCUGGGGACAGGGCCUAUGAGGACUACUACCCUGCAGUGAAGGGGCGGGCCCACUUCAACUCAGCCGACCCUAAGAAUGGCGACGCCUCCAUCAACCUAACGGGUCUAAAGUCUAGUGACACUGGGACCUACCAGUGCAAGGUGAAGAAGGCCCCGGGCAUCCGCAGCAGGAAGAUGCUGCUGACCGUCAUGGGUGAGUGAGACACCACUGGUGACAUCUUAAAAAGCCACUACUCUUUAUCUAUCUUCUGAGUAAAAACUCCAAACACAAUGCCCUUUAAAGGGUACAUGUGGCUAACUAGAUAAUUGUUCAUGUAAUGCCCUCCUCUAGAAUGGUGUGGUGCAGUGGAGGCUGGUGGGAGGAGCUAUAGGAGGACGGGUUCAUUGUAAUGGCUGGAAUUUGAUUAAUGGAACGGUAUCAAACGUAUGGAAACCAUACAUACAUACACUACAUUACCAAAAGUAUGUGGACACCUGCUAGUCGAACAUCUCAUUCCAAAAUCAUGGGCAUUAAUAUGGAGUUGGUCCCCCCCUUUGCUGCUAUAACAGCCUACACUCUUCUGGGAAGGCUUUCCACUAGAUGUUGGAACAUUACUGCGGGGACUUGCUUCCAUUCAGCCACGAGCAUUAGUGAGGUCGGGCACUGAUGUUGGGCGAUUAGGCCUGGCUCGCAGUCGGCGUUCCAAUUCAUCCCAAAGGUGUUCGAUGGGUUGAGGUCAGGGCUCUGUGCAGGCCAGUCAAGUUCUUCUACACCGAUCUCGACAAAUCAUUUCUGUAUGGACCUCGCUUUGUGCACGGGGGCAUUGUCAUGCUGAAACAGGAUAGGGCCUUUCCCAAACUGUUGCCACAAAGUUGGAAGCACAGAAUCUUGUAGAAUGUCAUUGUAUGUUGUAGCGUUAAGAUUUCCCUUCACUGGAAGUAAGGGGCCUAGCCCGAACCAUGAAAAACAGCCCCAGACCAUUAUUCCUCCUCCACCAAUCUUUACAGUUGGCACUAUGCAUUCGGGCAGGUAGCGUUCUCCUGGCAUCUGCCAAACCCAGAUUUGUCCGUCGGACUGCCAGAUGGUGAAGCGUGAUUUGUCACUUCGCAGCUGAGCCGUUGUUGCUUCUAGACGUUUCCACUUCACAAUAACAGCACUUACAGUUGACCAGGGAAGCUCUAGCAGGGCAGAAAUGUGAAAGGUGGCAUCCAAUGACGGUGCCACAUUGAAAGUCACUGAGCUCUUCAGUAUGGGCCAUUCCACUGCCAAUGUUUGUCAAUGGAGAUUGCAUGGCUGUGUGUUCGAUUUUAUACACCUGUCAGCAAUGGGUGUGGCUGAAAUAGCCGAAUCCACUAAUGUCAAGGGGUGUCCACAUACCUUUGUGUAUAUAUAGUGUACUUCAGUCUGAGACUGACGUUGUUUGUGGUGACGUCACAACGAGGGGCAUGUACAAAACAAAGUCAUCAGCGAUUGGAUCAUCUCUAACCAAUCAGAGUAUCAAAGCAAAUGACGAAUUGGCCCAUCCCAUCGGUAUCUGGGACCAAUCAGAACCGUUAGAAUUUGUUUGCAUUCUAGAACUGUAUCAAUGAGGUAAUCAGAUCCAGACUCAUUGCGGAGAAGAAACUAACGUCCGUGGGUGUGGCGUAGUGUUUGGCCGAAGCAAGGAGUCUGGGUAGCCAGUCAAGUGUAUGGCUGUUCGAUGUGUCAACUUUACUCUGAAACUCCCCCAGUCACUCAACCAUUCAGCAUAUUUACAUAAUGUAUGAAAGCAGAGUAAAGUUGACACAUCAGCAGUACUGAUGUGGUCAAACAACAUAGGAACUAUUGCUAAGGCCCUGCACAUUUUAUCAUAAACACUGCCUGUGCCUGGAUAAAGUAUGAUUAGGACACAAUUGUUUUCCUGGUUAACAACAUCUCUCUAUUGAGAAACUGGUGUUGUGACACAAUUCGUUGGUGUUAUAUUUAACUGGCUUCAAAACAAGUUGGCUCCAAAACAAACUGGUUUCUAGUCAUUCGUUUACACCAGUAAGCCUGGCUCGAAGCCGCUCUCUCAGGUCUACAGGAAGGAAGCUAAAUUGAUUCAGUAAUGUCCAAUGAUUACCUGAGCCAACCGAGGAGAGAUUGGCUUGAGCUGACUAGAGCAAAUACCAUGCAGAGGCAUUUCUCCUGAGUUGGCUACAGAGCUGGUGAUGUAGUGUCUGUCUAUACUUGCUUAGUGCUGCUGCCCGGUAGAGGGUCUGACAGGCCUAAAGCCAUUGACCCCUGGGGCAGAGCUAUUCCUGUUCUAGAGGGCAGCAGUGUGACAAGGAGACAUGAAGACCUCUUGCCUGCUCCCCAUUAUACCUUCAGGUCGCGCUUUUUUUAUUAACAAUAAUAAAUCAAUACAAAGUUAAAUGGGGAACACAAGUAUUCAUAAAGAGUAUAUAGGGCUCAGUUGGUAGAGCAUGGCGCUUGCAACACCAGGGUUUGUGGGUUCGAUUCCCACGGGGGGGCAGUAUGAAAAAUGUAUGCACUCACUAACUGUAAGUCGCUCUGGAUAAGAGCGUCUGCUAAAUGACUAAAAUGUAAAUGUACAAAGGACAGUUGACCAAGGGGGUACAAUAACACAUUACACUAGGAUCUUAAGGGAUAUACACACAUUUGAUAAUUUUAUCAGCUUUUUUGUUGGUAGAGUUUGUUUGUAAAUAUACAUUUGUGAAUAUGAAAUUUGUCCAAAUGAAUUCCCUUCCGGUCACAAUGUAAAUACUCCCGAGAACAUUGGCAGACAUACACAUACAGACAUGGUCUCUCAGAUGGCACACAGUCACGCACUCUCAGAUGCACACAGUCACACUAGUGCUGAGCGAUUACAGCCUGGAAUCGAACCAGGGGGUCUGUAGUGACGCCUCAAGCACUGAGAUGCAGUGCCUUAGACCACUGAUGCAGACCUUAAACUUUAUUAUUUCAUUCCAAGUCUUCAUCUCAUCUCUAUAGAGCUGCUGCCUAUGCUGUCUUGACAAAAUCCCUAUUUUAGUAGUUCUUCAAAGUAAAUAAGGCAUACUUUUAUGACUGCUGAAUACCAGCUAUCAAUUUAGAUCAUGUAUUUUCAUAUAGAGAGACCUCGCGCGUUCUUCUCUAAUUUCUCCCUCUCAGUGUCUUCCCCACCCCGACCAGACAAAUAGGCGGCAAUGGAUUAUGGUCAUUAGUUAAUUACCACGUUUUCUGCGCUAAACUAUGUAGAAUAUUGGCCUGUUGGAAACUAACUCCCUACUACAUCGCACAGGCUUGAUCUGAUUUCUCUCUAGAAAAACUGCGCAUUGAGCUCACAGAAAAAAAACGAACUAAAUGGAAUUCAAAUAAUAAAACCAACGUAACAGAAAUGUAGGUUAAUCGCUCAGCACUAACACACACACAGAGGCAUCUUCCCUGAGUGCAGGUAACGUUGUGAGCUGUGUGUGUGUUGUCUCUCCCAGUAUAAAGAUGGACAGUGAAGUUAACAGGAGGAGAGCGCACACCUGCAGUCAGUACAGCACACUGGACAGGCACAUCGGCAACCCUCAAAACCAUUCACCAUCUCUGCCUAGACCUCACAUCAACCUUCAACAGCCAAUCACUUUCACUCUGUCACCUUGGCCUCAGUCCCAACCAACCUAUCACUGUCUCUCUACCCAUAGGUCACUACAUUCUUUAACAGCCAAUCACUUUCUCUCAAGUUCCCUGAUCUGAAUCCCAAACAACCAAUCAGCACUGCCUAGACCUCACUACAGCCUUUAACAGCCAAUCUUUCUCAGUCUCCCUGGCCUCAGUCCAAACUGAUCCCUCAUGGUUUUUGUAACCACGUCUCUGUGGUCUACCACAAUGUAUCACGCUCACUUUAUCCAUAUAUACUCUACUGUACCCUAUCUGUACCUCAAUGUAGCCCAGUACAGCAAUAAAUCACCUUAUCUUUAGCCCUUCAUAUUACACCACAUCCAUAUAGUCCACCUCAACCAAUCACUGUCUCCCUCUGGUCUCUACAGUAUCUCUAAGACCAUUCUUUCUUCUUCCUUUGACCUCAUCUCUCGCUCAUAUCACACAUAUAAAUCGGCUCCGAUGAAGCUUCUACCCAUUUUCAACAGGAAAAUCUACAUGUUGAGGCCAUGAUGUCAAGCUGACUUUGAGCUUUAAUGUGAAUUCAAAAUGUCAUUGCUGUAUUACAUUGUAAGACACACACACACAGUGCAUGUGGACAGCCGACCGCCGAGUCAGGAGAGCGAGCAGCCUUGGCCCCUGUCAUCCCUCCAACCGUCCAUCAGCUCUGUUCUCUCACUCCUCCCCACUCUCGUUCUGUCUGCCCUGACCCCUGCCUAUUAGAUUAGAUGGGCAGGGUGCUGCUCUGUGCUGUAGGAUCCUACAGGACAGGGCUGUCUGGUGUUAAUCCACAUGGUUCUGUCCUCCCUCUCCCUGGGCUUUGUUGUUACCAAACCAUGAUGUCAGUGCUCCAGCACAACGCUCUAUCUGAGAGACACACAGAGAGAGAGAAAGAGACAGUCGCACAUACACACAUGAAUACACACACACACACACAGCCAAUCAAGCUUUCUAAAUGCCCCUCCACCUCACACCCCUAGCAUAGUACCCCCUACCUCACCCCACCUCCACUCCUCCACUCCCACCGCUCCAGCAGACAGACAGCAAGUUCAGUUGGUCUGUUCAUCUUUGCCUUGCACUGGAUCUGGCCUGCUUUUAAUUUGGAGCUUUCUUUGCUUUUGAAUUCUCAUCUCGUCUCCUGUCAACAGACGGAGGAGACUGUACGCUUGGCUUUCACAGAGGCCCCAACCCCACCGUGUGUGUCACGCUCUGAUCUUAAUUAUCUUGAGUGACAGCACCUGUAAUGACAGCAGCUGUAUCAAUGACCGUGAUUACUGCUCUCAUUACGCUGAUUACUGCUGCUAUGAGACACACACACACACACACACACACACACACACACAAAGCGUGGCAACCUGCCCAGGGGGGUGUGCAGUAGAAAAUCAGGAAGGGUUUGUGUAGCUUCAAGCUAAUUUCUCUUUUCCGCCAUGUCUGCCAUCUCUAAUAGCUUAUUCUCCCUCUCCUGUUAGUGAGGCCGUCCAAGCCCAGAUGCUAUGCCGAGGGCCCCACCCAGGAGGGUAAGGACGUGGUCCUGAGGUGUAUGUCCAGUGAAGGUACCAACCCCCUGCAGUACACCUGGGAGAAGACCAGCGACAACAAACUGCUGCCUGCCUCCGCCGUGCUAGGUAAUACACACACCGAAGAUUUUCACAAAACGCAAUGUGGUUACACAAGCCAGGUUUCACCAUCCCCAGAUGGAGCAGAUGCUUUCAAACAGAAUGGUUAUUCACUGCAAAAUGGACAGAAGGGUCUCCUGAACGUGCCGCUGUAAUCUCUGUCUGUAGACCCUGUGGGAGGCACCAUGAACGUAAGGAACGCGUCCACCAGCUCCUCGGGAACCUACCGCUGCACAGCUAAGAACCGAGUGGGCAUGGAGGAGUGUAUUCUACAGCUUGGCAUCACUCCCCGUGAGUCCUUCACCACACCCUGAUUCACCUUUAUGUGGUCUUAAUUGAAGAUGAUGAUUAUUUUAAUGAGGUGGGCAUUUGUGCUGAGGCCUGUAUUGGCUGUAUAGAAUCAAGAUGGUGGGAUUGUGUAGUAUGAGUGUUUUCAUGAUUUUCUCUGUCUGUGGUCUAGCCCCCAACACUGCUGGUAUCAUAGCUGGAGCCAUCAUCGCUGUUCUGCUGGCCCUCAUCAUCAUCGCCAUCAUCCUCUUCUGCUGCUGCCGCGCCCGCAACAGGAAGAAGUAUGAGAAGGAGAUCUCCUACGAGAUCAGGUAGGGCACUGCAUUAUUACACUAUCAAUACUGUGUAGGGGCCCCCAAACACACUUUCAUUGUACAGGCACUGGUACAUACUGCAUCAAACUGAUAUAGCAGUGUAGUAUGCAUUAUCUAACUAUCUGUAUGUGGGUUAUUUGGCUGCUACAGCCUGAGAUAAAGCAACGAAAACUAAAUGCUAGUAGGUAUGUGUCAUUGUGACCAUCCAACGUUCUCUGGCCCCAGCUACUCCCAGCCCAGUCUCCAUCUCUCUCACACACACGCAGCAAAGGACAAGGAAAAAAGGUUGUCGCCCCAUCAGCGUUUUCAUUUUUUUUUCUAGCUUUGGUAAUCAGUUUGGGAGCUUUGUUUGUUCUGUGGAUCCAGUGUCUGCCCAGCCCCAGCCCCCCUGGACACGGCAUUCCAUCCACACAGCACAGGGCCUCCCUCCCGCCCUCUUUCUCUCUGUCUCUGGGUCUGCUAGCCUCAGCCUGGACACUGUCUGGCUGUCUGCCUGGCAGCACAGUAGAGCACAACAAAUAUUAGCCCAAUGAGCACUGUGUCUGGGUGCCCAGCCCUGACACACACACACACACACACACACACACACACACACACACACAGAGGCACGCAUACAGACAGGAAUGCAAGCUUGCACACACAGACAAACACUUGUGCGCACACACACAUACCAUGCAUGCACACAUAUUUACUAACAUAUUCAAAGCUACAGGCCCCUCAGGCUCAGUUUGAAUGAGCUCUUUAAUGGAUUAUUGCCUGUUAUUAGUUUUUAAUUGUGUUGGUCUGGGAGCUGAAGGGGGUUGGUGGGAAUGAAGGUUGCUCCGUUACUACCGCUGAGAAUCCUCAUUCUUACUGUAGCUGACCAGAGCUGGCACAGUUAGAACUACAUUCCAUCCCCACUAGCUAUCAUCGCUGUCUCUUUCACUCCCUUCAUCAACUCUGUCUGUUUGUCUUAUUCACUCUCUCUUUCUGUCUCUGUCCCACUCCCCUCUGUCUGUUUGUCUUAUUCACCCUCUCUAUCUGUCCCACUCCCCUCUGUCUGUUUCUGUCUUAUUCACCCUCUCUAUCUGUCCCACUCCCCUCUGUCUGUUUCUGUCUUAUUCACCCUCUCUAUCUGUCCCACUCCCCUCUGUCUGUUUCUGUCUUAUUCACCCUCUCUAUCUGUCCCACUCCCCUCUGUCUGUUUGUCUUAUUCACCCUCUCUAUCUGUCCCACUCCCCUCUGUCUGUUUCUGUCUUAUUCACCCUCUCUAUCUGUCCCACUCCCCUCUGUCUGUUUCUGGUCUUAUUCACCCUCUCUAUCUGUCCCACUCCCCUCUGUCUGUUUCUGUCUUAUCCACCCUCUCUAUCUGUCCCACUCCCCUCUGUCUGUUUCUGUCUUAUCCACCCUCUCUAUCUGUCCCACUCCCAUCUGUCUGUUUCUGUCUUAUUCACCCUCUCUAUCUGUCCCACUCCCCUCUGUCUGUUUCUGUCUUAUCCACCCUCUCUAUCUGUCCACUCCCCUCUGUCUGUUUGUCUUAUUCACCCUCUCUAUCUGUCCCACUCCCCUCUGUCUGUUUCUGUCUUAUUCACCCUCUCUAUCUGUCCCACUCCCCUCUGUCUGUUUCUGUCUUAUCCACCCUCUCUAUCUGUCCCACUCCCCUCUGUCUGUUUCUGUCUUAUUCACCCUCUCUAUCUGUCCCACUCCCCUCUGUCUGUUUCUGUCUUAUUCACCCUCUCUAUCUGUCCCACUCCCCUCUGUCUGUUUCUGUCUUAUCCACCCUCUCUAUCUGUCCCACUCCCCUCUGUCUGUUUGUCUUAUUCACCCUCUCUAUCUGUCCCACUCCCCUCUGUCUGUUUGUCUUAUUCACCCUCUCUCUCUGUCCCACUCCCAUCUGUCUGUUUCUGUCUUAUCCACCCUCUCUAUCUGUCCCACUCCCCUCUGUCUGUUUGUCUUAUUCACCCUCUCUAUCUGUCCCACUCCCAUCUGUCUGUUUCUGUCUUAUCCACCCUCUCUAUCUGUCCCACUCCCCUCUGUCUGUUUCUGUCUUAUUCACCCUCUCUAUCUGUCCCACUCCCCUCUGUCUGUUUCUGUCUUAUUCACCCUCUCUAUCUGUCCCACUCCCCUCUGUCUGUUUCUGUCUUAUUCACCCUCUCUAUCUGUCCCACUCCCCUCUGUCUGUUUCUGUCUUAUUCACCCUCUCUAUCUGUCCCACUCCCCUCUGUCUGUUUCUGUCUUAUUCACCCUCUCUAUCUGUCCCACUCCCCUCUGUCUGUUUCUGUCUUAUUCACCCUCUCUAUCUGUCCCACUCCCCUCUGUCUGUUUCUGUCUUAUUCACCCUCUCUAUCUGUCCCACUCCCCUCUGUCUGUUUCUGUGUGUCUCUCUGUUAUCUUUAUUGUUUAUCUUUCACUUUCUUUCUCUCUGUCUGGACCCCUGAGUGAAAAUCCAAUCCCAAGUGAAUGUGAAAGGGAGUGGAAUAGCUUGUAUGUUUACAUGUCUAUCUCACUUUCUCUCCCCCCCCCCUUCAGAGAGGACGUCCCCCCUCCGAAGAGCCGCGUGUCGACAGCCCGCUCCUUCACCAGCGUGGGCAGCCAGCGCUCCUCCCUGGGCUCCAUGUCCCCCUCCAACCUGCACGAGUAUGCCCUCAAGCCCCAGUACGACAAGAUCCCCUCCGUGGAGGAGUACGAGAGGCCCCCCAGCCACGCACCCCUGCCCCCGCCCGUCGCCAGCAAGAUGGCCGGCCCCAACCUCAGCCGCAUGGGCGCCAUCGCCGUCAUGAUCCCCGCCCAGAACAGGGACGGCUCCAUCGUGUAG